AUGGGAAUCCGGGACGCUGUCGACGGGACAGAACCAUCAUCCUUCACGAUGCGAUCCCCGACAAUGGCCAUGGUGACCGUCGACCGUCCUGCGGCUCCAGCUUCAGCUCCGGCUCCUCCGUCUUCCUCCCGUCCUGAACAACCCCCUGACUUGUCCAAGAAGACCAAAGCCCCCUCCGACCCAACCCCCGACCCAAACCUCCUCAACCCUCGUCUCCUCGUCAACGGAGCCUGCGUCUACGAGCGACACCUCCCCGGAGAUGCCUACAUCACCGCACACAUCCAGCGCCUCCAGCACGGGUUCUACUCCAGCCCCGCCGUGUCCAACCAAGACUACAGCCACGUGGAUUUCCUGGGUAUCACCUUCGUCUUGCACUCGGCCAACACCCUCGCCCAUCGCUUCAAAGCCGCCACCAUCCGCGCCUCCAUCCACGGUACCAGAGACCAGACGUCAUCGUCGAGUAACCGGACCCGAAACCCGCGCUUUCUCAUGCACGCCCCGCACCUCCUCUACGGCGCGGUCUCCCCCGAAACCCUCCAGUGGAACUACAGCCUCAGCGGCUCUCUGGGUGUGGCUGACCUCCCCGUGAUCGCCAGCGUCGCGCCCUCCGGCGGCAUGAACGGGCGUUACAAGCGGUACGAGAUGAUGCGAAUCCAGGGGUCCGUGCGGUCGCUCAAGAGCGCGCGCGGGCCGAACUUUGACGUCGAGGGGGGCGAAAUCGUAUGGACACUCGAGGAGAACAGUCUCCAGCGGUCUGGACUGCCACGUGAAUUCACGUUCGCCGUGCUCGUCGCCAAACCCCGCGCCGAGAGCCGCAUCCGCCUGGCCCUAGACAUAGAUCCUGUCCUGCAAUGCUGGUUCACAAACUACCCGGGACCCCUGCUAGCCCUACCGCGGUAUAAGCCCGUGCGGCGACGGCCGGUGGAUUUCCGGACGGAAGUGGGACAGCGCUUCGAGCCCCUCACGGCCGAGAAGGGGUUGUUCAAUUUCGCGGCCCUCGAGAGCUCCUUCGACGAUUAUGUAUAUAUGCCUGGACGGAAGUUCACGACGGGAAUAUCCCCGGACGGCGGACCCGCGCAGGACAACAACAACAACAACAACAACAACACCGACCCCGAGAUCCGACGCGACGUCACCCUGACCCGGGAUCUGACGAUUGACCCGCUGCGUGGCACGGUGCGCAGGAUCCCAGCCUUGAACGCCGCCGCCACGCCGCUGGCCGGGAAGACAGCCGUCGGGGGGUUCGAUCCGGGAUCCUUCACGAUGCGAUUGCUGGUGGAUAAUCCUCCGAGCCCGUCUGGCAAACACAUGCAGGUGGCGUCGGAGGUGACCACCAGUGUGCGUGGGGGUGGGGGACAGCAGUGGCAGCCGCGACGAGACGAGCCGACACGUUCGCGAGAGGUGAGACGCAGUACGACCCGGGCUUAGGGAUGGCGUGCAUGGUGGAUGGGACUGGGAGUUGGGGCGGGCUGUGUCAUCCUCUUUUCUUUUCUUUUUUUUUUUUUUUU